AUGUUCUACUUCAUCCUCUACGUUGUCUCUCAACUCGUCCUCUUCGGCGCAUGGGUCUCCGGCAUGUUGGACAACCACCAGAAAAAGCUACAGGAAAUUCUUUUGGGCUAUAUGGGGGAGACUAAAGUGUCAUAUGGAAUGAAGAAAAGCUUGACGAGCAAGAAAUUGUGUGAGAAUAAGGAUCUCGCCAUGAUUCAAGAUCAGCUUGGAAAUCAGCUUGGAGAUACAUUUGGGAAACGAGGGGUUGGAGAGGGAAUUGGGUCGACAUUGGGCAAGGUGCUGUGA